UUGAAGUGAAAAAUCUUCUACCUUGAUUCCAGCAUUUUAGGGUUUCGACAGCAGAGGUUGGUAAAGUUAAAUAACCACUGCUUCUUAUACUGUCCUGCGGUUUGGUUUGGCCUCACUUUUAGACCUAUAGUUUUUCUGUCGUGGCAACGCAGUGUAUUAACAGAACAUGACGUUUUAAAUAGUUUUUUAAAUGUUUUCAUACCAAGACUACAAAGAGGCACUGUUAAAUCGCAAUCUGAGUUAAAGCCCUUGUGGCCUUUUUACUAUCAGCACCUCACUGAGCUCCUUUGUCCUUGUUUGUCAACACAAACAGAACCACUAUCAUUGCACAUGACUUACCAGGCCUCCCAGCAGUGUUUCAUCCCCACUCAUAUUCUAACAUAACGAUCACAAGAACUUGAAGAGGAACAAAAACUCUUAAGGUCAAAAUUGUUCUAAAAAAGUGAAAAUAUCAUUUGGCAACAGGAUUCAGCAAGCCAUUAAAACAACAUAACAGGAAUGAAACUGCUAAUUCAUGGCAUAAACUAUAGUUAGGAAAUUGGUCAGCAGAGAUUAACUUUUGAUUGUUGAUAUUAAUCUGGACUUUGGCUAGUGCUUCCUUACAUAACACAGUAUGGGACCAGGUCAUGUAAAACCUUGAAUGAGACAACCCUAAAAAACUGAUUUGAAGUAACUGUGCACUGAUCAGCCACAACAUUAAAACCACUGAUGAAUGAAGUGAAUAACACUGAUCAUCUCAUUAAUACAAUGUUCUGCUGGUAGAAGUUGGGUCCUGGCAGUUAUCUAUCUUAGCAUGUACCACCCACCUAAUCAUUGUUGCAGACAAGUGCUAGUGAGUGAUUUUAGCUGAAUUGUUUUCAUCUCUUUUGUGUGCUAAUUGAACAAAUAUUGGUAUUAUACCAUCUAGCUUGUGUGUUUGUCUUCAUUGCACAUUGAGGUAGCUGCGUAGGAGUUCUUGUGAGCCAAUCACCGAAUGUUUCAACAGUCAAUUGUACAAAUAGUUCAGAUGUACAAAUGUUGCAGAACAGCCUUUUGCCCAACCUAUAACUGCAGAGCCACCUCUUUAACUGCAGCUGUGCCUCAGCAGUCUUAUUCUCCUCUGUUGAGUGUCAGCGAAACCAAUAAGAUGGAAACCCAUUUGAUUUUGAUGGGUCUGCUCUCUAUCUGCAGCCUCUCCUUUUGUCAAGAAUGCAGUCGAGAGUUUCUGGAGAACGUGGAUUUCCCCGGAACAGACAUAACAUCUGUCUACUCUCCCGAUGUGGAGCACUGUCAGCUGCUGUGCACCCAGCACCCCUCCUGUCUCUUCUUUACCUUUGUUCGAGCUGACUGGACUGUUGAUAACAGGCACUUCUACUGCUACCUUAAGUCCACUCCUUCUGGAAAGCCCAAAGUCCAGAAUCCACUACAGGGUGUCACCUCUGGUUACUCUCUCAAACCCUGCAACCCAGACCCAAGCUCUUGUCUGUCUCAGGUGUACCAGAAUGUGGACUUCUUCGGGGCAGACUACAGAGCUUUGUUCACAUCCGACCAUGAAGAGUGUCAGAGGGUCUGCACGCAGGACCCUCAGUGUCAGUUCUUUACUUUUGUAAAUGACAUCUUCACGUCAGAGAAUAUAAGAUAUAAAUGUCACCUUAAAUACAGCUGGUCAGUACCGAGGACUCCUAUUGUAGAGAGAAAGGAUGGUGUAGUUUCUGGAUUCUCCCACAAAAUACAACUAACUCCAUUCUUUAAGCCAGCAUGUCAGAACAAGCUUUUUCCAAACACUGACAUCCCAGGAAACAACCUGGAGACGCUGCCCGCUGCCUCUCCUGAACACUGUCAGACCCUGUGCUCUGCUCAUCCACGCUGUACCUACUUCUCCUACGACAGCAGUAACUUCAACUGAGACAUGAAGAGCAAUGGAAAUGAAAUGGUGACCAGAGCCAAACAGGGAGUCACAUCUGGCAUUCCAGUGCACUUCUGUCAGCUGGAUAACAACUGGCUUAAACUGGCUCACGAAGGAGUGGAUUUCCGAGGCUCUGACAUUCGCUUUGAGCUGAUGGAUGAUCCAGACACGUGUCAGACGACGUGUACUGUCAAUUCUAACUGCCAGUUCUACACCUAUGUCAAUGAAACCUUCUUUGACAGUGAUUACCGGCGCCGCUGCUAUCUCAAGCGUGUCAUCACGAUGCCUGCUCCUCCCAAAGUUACCAAACUGAACAAUGUUGUGUCUGGCUUCUCCCUGAGGGACUGUUGUGACCAUCAGCGUCAGGAGAACUUGGAUUUCCCAGGAUCAGACGUAGCAGUUCUCUUCUCUCCUGAUGCGGAGCACUGUCAGUACUUGUGCACCCAGCACCCUGCCUGUCUCUUCUUUUCCUUUAUUAGGCCUGACUGCACCGUUGAUAACAGGCACUUCCACUGCUUCCUCAAGUCCACUCCCUCUGGACAGCCCACGGUUCAGGUUGCAAAGCAGGGUAUCACCUCUGGCUUUUCUCUUAGAUCCUGCCACCCAGACCCAAAGCCUUGUCUGUCUCAGGUCUAUCAACACGUGGACUUCUACGGAGCAGACUACAGACAGCUGUUCACAGCAGACUAUGAGGAGUGUCAGAGAGCCUGCACACAUGACCCUGCCUGUCAGUUCUUUACCUUUCUCACUGAUGACUUUACACCUGAGAAGUACAGGAACAAGUGCCACCUUAAAUUCAGCUGGCCAGUACCAAGAAUACCUACAGUAAUAGCAAAGGCUGGUUUAGUAUCUGGAUUCUCCCACAGUGGACAGUCACAUGAACACUUUAGCACAGAUUGUGAGGGCAAGCUCUUUCCAAACACUGACUACCCAGGACACGACAUCGAGGUUCUGCCCGCUUCCUCUCCUGAACACUGUCAGACACUGUGCUCUGCUCAUCCACUCUGUACCUAUUUUGCCUACAUCAGGAAUAGCUUUAGAUGUUACCUGAAGCACAAUCCACAUGAAAUGGUCGCCAGAGCUGUAGCAGGAAUCACAUCUGGGUUACCUGCACACUUCUGUCAGCUGGAUAACAAGUGGGUUAAGAGGACUCUUGAAGGAGUAGAUUUCCCAUAUUCUGACAUUCGCUCUUUCCUGGUGGGUGACAUUGAGGCGUGUCAGAGAACCUGUACUGAGGAUCCCAACUGCCAGUACUACAGCUACAUCACUGCUCACCGCCGCUGCUAUCUCAAGCGUGUCAUCACCAUGCCCGCUCCUCCCAAAGUUACUAAGCUGGCCAAUGCUGUGUCUGGCUUCUCCCUGAGGAACUGCCAGUAUAAACAACUUUUUUGAACCCACCAGUUCCAA